AUGUCUGCCUGGUACGACAGUGCGAUGAUACUUUAUGUCCAGUUGGAACCAGCCUUUCCUAACUCGGGUAUCUCAGUCAAGGCUGGAGUCGAGGACUCUGAAACGCAUUACAAGACAAAGAUCGUCGAAUUCUUUUGGGAGGAAAUCAUCUACUGGAGAUCUACAAAGAAUCGCACCUGGAAGUUUGACGAUCUUCUAAAAUUCAUAUGGUAG